AUGACCUGUGAUCUCGAGCGACCAUGCACACGCUGUGUUAAACGAAAUAUUGGGCACCUAUGUCACGAUGAGCCGCGUGAAGGUGUUAAGAAGUCCAAGUCUGAGCCAGAGAAUGGUGAUGGACAGAGUCAGCCCUCUCAGGUCGAAUCAACUACCUCCGAAGCCGCAUCGACGGCCGCUCCUCCGGUUCCGGAUGCAGGGCUUAACCUGGCGGCGCAUCCAGUACCUCCUAAUAGAGAUGCCAGCACAACGGCAGAUACCCAACCUGACGCCGUGUCUGCGCCACAAUUGCCUGCUUUGACGGCUGGUAGUCAGCCUUUCUUGGGUUAUGAUGGUUUGCUCUCUUCUCAGAAUAACCUUCAGGACAUGCAAUUCCAUCCUUCAUAUAUGUUCAACACCUCGGAAGUUAGCAAUGAGUAUAACCUGCUCAACGACUUCCUCAACAAUAGCCUCAUGGAUGACGGUGCGUUUUACGGAGGCAAUGACUUCCAUAGCCUCUUCUCCGAUGCUUCACUUAUGAAUCAGAUGGGCUCUUUGAACAGCAAUUCUCCUUUCAGUUCGAACGCGCCAAGACCGCCUCAGUUGCUUCCGCCUCCCGCACAAAAUGCUGCUGGUAAUGCUGCAUCCCGCCAAGCAGGUGGAGUCCCUAUCGACAAGGCCAGAGAAAGAUAUCUGGUCACGGCCGCCGACCCUGCUGGAAACGAUAGUCCUGAAGAGCGCAUGAACAAACUACUGAAGGCCAAAGUGGAUGCAGGGCUCUUGAAACCCUUCAACUACGUUAAGGGUUAUGCAAGAUUAAACCAGUACAUGGAACAGAACUUACAACAAGCAUCUCGCAUUCGAGUACUGCGCCAACUGGAUCGCUUCCGACCCAAGUUCCGUGAGCGAAUGCAGAGUCUGACCGACGUGGAUCUAGUACGCAUUGAGAUGUGGUUUGACAAGAGCUUGAUGGAGUACGACCGCGUCUUUGCGAGCAUGGCUAUACCUGCAUGCUGUUGGAGAAGAACAGGCGAGAUAUAUCGAGGAAACAAGGAAAUGGCGCGCCUCAUCCACGUACCGAUGUCGAAGUUGCGAGACGGUAAUAUCGCUCUGCACGAGAUCAUCGCUGAGCCUUCACUGGUAUCAUAUUGGGAGAAAUUCGGCGCCAUCGCAUUCGACCAUACUCAGAAAGCUAUCCUGACGAGCUGCUCCUUAAAAAACCCAGAUCCGCAUUCUAGAGAUCCUGAGAUACGAUGCUGCUUUUCAUUCACCGUUAAGCGCGAUGCUUGGAACAUCCCGGCAUUGAUCGUGGGCAACUUCCUUCCCAUCACAGAGGCCACAUCGGGGUCGCUACCGGCAUCAUAA